AGCUAAUUUAACCAGUAGAGAGAGAUUUAAUUCCGCAUUCAAUAUCACAAUAGCAAACAACAACAACUAAAGCACACUCAUUAGACGACUCUGAACCCUCCAUCACUAUUAGCUAUCACAAAAUGCUAAGUAACAAUAAUAAUAUCAAAGUAGAAGAAGAAAUUUUGAAUGAGUCCAAUAUUCAACAAGAAGAAUCACUCUUCCUUGAAAAACCAAAGAGAAGACAAGGAAAGAAGAGUGUCAAGCUUGUAGAAGAACCUAUUAUUGCUGCUUCUACAUCUUCAGAAGAUACCAAUAAUAACAAUGAUAACGAAGAAGAAGAAGAAGAAGCAGAUGAUGAAUAUUCCGCAGAUGACAUCUCAGCAGGUACUCAUGGUAGUAAUCCUUCUAGACAAUGGCAAAAGGAUGACACUUUUAAUAAUCAAGCAGGUUAUUGCAUCUCUGUGGGUAUUACUACCCGUGAUGAAAGUUUACCAAUUUAUGACACUCCUUGCAAAAUGUACUCUAGUUUACGUUACAAGCUUCAAUAUAAGUGUGUCAUUGUCACAUCAGGAUUGUCUGCCAGUUCAACUCCUAAACUCUUAAUGUGUCGUGUCACAGUCAUUGAUGAAGAAACUAGUAAGGAAAUUAAGAAAGAUAACAAACCAAUCAUUGAUGAUUCUCUCAUUUCACUCAAAUGCACAAGUACAAAUGCCACUGCUGGUCAAUCAUUGGUAUUUGAAGCCAAUCACAAGAUUAAAUUCAAGAGUGUUUCAUUCCAUCAUAAUAAGAGCAAGUGGAGAUUAUUACUUCAACUCUUCUCUGACUCUAACCAAAGCAUUAAUACACCAGUACUUGUCAUUAAGAGUGCUCCAUUCCAAGUAUACGCAAGAAGACCAAAGGUUUCUGAAAGAGAUUCCACCAAUGGUCUCCUCACCUCUACACCAGUUCCAACAUCAAAGGAAGAAAAGAAACAAAAGAAGAAGAAGAAUGAAUUAAAAAAGAGAAAGAGAUCUGCCUCAAUGGCUAGUAAGGACAUUGCUCCUCCAAAGAUAGAAAAGCCAUCCACUGAUGAAGAAACUAAUGCACCAACCAUUCCAAUAGUAUCAACUGAAUCUUGUAUUGCAAGUUCAUCCAAGGAUGCUCCAAUCAUUACUGAACCAACCAUUGCCAGCUCAUCAACUUCAACCACCACAUCUGAUCCAACUCUUGUCAAGGAAGAACCAAUCUCUCACACUGAAACCAAGACCUCCAUCAAACAAAAGAAAAAGCUCCUUGAUAACUUUUCCAAGACACUUGAUACUCUCUUAAAGUUCCACUCAGAGAUGGACGAUGACAGUAAGAGACUUGCAUUUGAAAUGUUGCAACAAAGAAUGUACAAUCACUUUUAUUCUGAUUUGGUGCAGCAACAUGAAUGGAUGGCCCAACAAAUGGCAAUUCAACAUCAACACCAACAAAUGCAAGAUAACUUGUCGCCCCAAAAUAUUGAAACAGACCAUGCUGUUCUUGAAGCUGGUUCUGCAGAUGAUAUCAUUGUUCAAUGUGAUAAUGAAUCUACCCACUAUAAUGACCAUAUGGAACAUGAUCACUUUUUGAACAUGUGUGACAGUGGCUCAUUCGAAGAUAAUAUGAUUUUACACAAUGAUUACCAUCCAUUUAUUUAAAUGACCCAAUUGUUGGGUCAUGUAAUGGUGAUCCACAAUUUUUGUACAGUAUAUUGUUAACUAACUGAAAUAUUUCGGCCUUUUUCCAUAUGUUGUAAAUAAACAUGAGUAUCCUUUUAAUU